AUGAAAUUUUCGUUCCAUGCGCUUCUCAUUACCGUGUUUAUCAGCAUCCACACCUCUGUAGAACUUGUCCUCUCAUCCCCUCUCAAUCUUGUAGAUCAUCAGCUCUCCAGGCGUGACUGCAACUACAGAGUGUUCUGUCCGACUUCGCUAGCAGAGUCGUGGUGUGUCUCCUGGGAUACAGGAUACGCCAUGUGCGUGCAGAAAAAUGGGAAGUAUCCAACGGUGGAAUUGAACCGCUGCAAAUCUUGUGUGGAAAUUAACUAG